AUGAAGAUAGCUCAAGAUCGCCAAAAAAGUUAUGCCGAUAAAGCCCGACGUGAAGACCAAUAUCAAAGUAGAGAUUUCGUCCUGAUAAAAGUAUCUCCAAUGAAAGGUAUUAGAAGGUUUGGAAUUAAAGGAAAAUUGAGUCCGCGUUAUGUUGGACCCUAUGAAAUCCUCAAUCGAGUUGGGGAUUGGGCUUAUCGGUUAGCACUUCCUAAUUCCAUGGAACGAAUUCAUAAUGUGUUUCAUGUAUCGCAGCUUCGUAGGUAUGUCACAGAUCCUUCUCAUAUUUUAUCUCCGGAUGAGUUAGAGCUAAAUGAGGAUCUUUCAUAUGAGGAAAUGCCUCUUUGGAUCAUGGACACAAAGGUUCGAACUACGAGGAACCGAGAUAUUCGUAUGAUGAAGGUAAUGUGGUCCCGGCAUGGAGCAGAAGAGGCUACGUGGGAAGUAGAACAAGAGAUGUUCAAAGCAUACCCACAUUUGUUUAAUUAA